AUGCCUGAGUUCCUUUUCAUUUCAAAUGGGUCAUCUGCUUCCAAGAUUGGCACUUCCAUCUUUCUUAAAUUUAUGGGCUCUCAUUCAAUCUUUAUUCUUAUUUAUGUUGAUGACAUAUUGAUCACUGGAAGCUGUCCUGCCACCAUUCAUCAGUUUAUAAGUCAAAUGAGGUGUGAAUUCUCCAUAAAAGAUCUUGGGCAUCUGCAUUAUUUUCUUGGAGUUGAAGCCCAGUUUACACCUCAAGGGCUCUUUCUUUCUCAACGUCAAUAUAUGCAAGAUCUUUUCCAGCAAAGCACCAUGGUUGCUGUCAAGCCCCUUCCUUCGCCUUUAGCUGGUGGAGAAAAGUUGUCUAAGUUUGAUGGCACACCACCACUUGAUCCUACUCCUUAUCGCCCAAUUGUUGGUGCUCUCCAGUAUACUACUCUUACCAGACCUGAUUUUGCUUAUGCUACCAAGAAGGUCUGUCAUCUUAUGCAAGCUCCUACAAUUGUCCAUUGGGCUGCUGUCAAACACAUACUUCAUUACAUUAAGCACACUCUUCAUAUUGGAUUCCUUAUUUGGCCAUCCUCUCGCCUAUCUCUUACAACAUAUUCUGAUACUGAUUGA